CUAGAGGCUGAGGAUAGGACGAAAACUGCCACACAAACCCUGGCUCCUAAGACUCCAGAGAGCAGGUUUCCUAGCUACAAUUCCAGGCUUUCCUCGUCCAUUUCCCACUCUGUAAGACAUGAAGACACCCCUGUGGAUCCUGGUGCUGUUGCUGUGCCUGUGUGUGCCAGGACACAGUGACUGCCAAAGAGACUGUUUCUCCUGCGGAAUGCUCCUUUCCCACCACCACACCUUCAAUGUGCUGGUGUGUCUGGUGGAGUGUAAGGACAAGGUCUCCCCAGGGAUUACUUUGGAUCUGUGCCGACAGGCCGCUGAUCAGCUGCAGUUGUACUCCCGUCCAGCAGAGGGUGAAAUUCUGAUGACAGACAAGGAGGCGGAUGUACAGGCCCUGCUGCCAGCAGACCUGGGGGAUGGUGGGUUGCUGUACUCGAAGGCCCUGGAGCUCGAAGGUCCUCAUGUGGCGCAGGCCCUGAGUGCUGACCUGCCAGGAGGAGAUAGGCAGAUGGCCGAGAUCAGCUUGACCUUCCACUCCCAGCGACUUGGGUCUCAUGAGGAGGAAGGGGUGGAGGAGCAGGAGGAAGAGAAGGAGGAAAGGAGGGUGGGUGCUAAGCACGAGGGGGCUGCCAUGAGCCUUUCCAAGCGUUUUGGGGGAUUUCUGAAAGGCAAGCAUGGAUACAGGAAGCUGAUGGAUCCUGGACGGCCCCUGCGCAAGCGCUACGGUGGCUUCAUUGGGAUCCGCAAGUCGGCACGCAAGUGGAACAACCAGAAACGCUUUAGUGAGUUCCUCAAGCAGUACCUGGGCAUGAGCAGCCACUCCAGCAAGUUCAACAGCCUCUCGGCAGAUUUUACCUGACAGGACGAAGUGUAACAGCCAACUAGAACCCCCCAAAAGCCCCUAAUAUCCCCUCCUUACAUCAACGCAACUGCAGACACACUGACAUGAACAAAAAACACAAAUACACAGAUGUUAAGAUGUUACAAUUGUCUUGUUUUUGUUUUUUUAAAUCCAACCAAUUUGAAAAUACUGCAAGCUGCAAGCAAGCUUUCUGCCACAGAAGAUAUUGGGAGUCAACACUAGCAUUAUGUAGAGAAAACGGAUUACUUCUCUGAUCUGGUGAAUAAUUACAUACAGAAUUACAUUAAAAGUGGAUCAUUAUGUUUAAUAUUCCAUAGUUUAGUUAUUAAAAUAUGGUGCAGCAAGGAAGUUAUUCUCCAUUUCUUCAUAAAACCAAAUAAAAUCAUUUAGAUUUUUAUCAUUUUGUUACUGAUUGGCCUACAGAAAGAUGACCAACUUGUACAAACCCCCUCUCUCAGCUCCGGUCAUGUCAGGUUUUUUUUUUUUGUUCCCUUGUUAAUGCUGCCCUCUGGUGUUUACAUAUAAAAUAUCUUCCUUAAUUCAUUUUAUCUUGUGGAUUUGUACGGUUCAUCAAAUAAUAAACCACAAAAAAUAAAUAUUUCUGUUAAUGGAGCUGUCAUUUCAACCUGAAUUUUACAAUUAUACUCAUAAAUGAUAGUGUGUUUACCUGUAAAUAUACAAAAACACUGGAGUGUGCAAUGGACUGAAUUUGGCCUAAGACCAAAUUAACCAAUUCAAAAAUAAUUAUACUAGUGUCUUACAAUACAGCGUACUCUAGAAUACACAAUUUAAUAAAGCAUAAGGAAGUAUUGGUUUAAACCAGAGACAGUAAUGGAAUGGAAUUACUUUUCAUCAACCAAUUUCAGUGUGAUUAGAUAAGUAAGAGCUCCUUUCCUGAGUAAGAAGUCACUUUCACAUGCUGUUUAAAAAAAAACAAAAAAAAAACAACCUUUUUGUUCAU